UCAUUUCACCUGGCGUGGGAGCCGAGAAUUAAAGACAGCAAAAGGGAUUCUGACAUGCACUUUCAGAAAUCACCGAAGGAAAAGGUGUGUUACCCUCUGCCCACAGUGAAGAAACUCCUGGAGCAGAAGAGAAAGAGAGAGACCUCCUCAGCACCUCCCUCCUGCUCUGCAGCAUCUUACACUGCUGGUGGCGCUGCAUCUGUCCCAGUGUUGGCAUCAGGACAAUCUCCCACUGCCGAAGCCAGUACAAGCUACACAGACAUGGGAGCAGUCAGAUAUGACCGAUGGGAAGUUCCCAGCAUUCAUCAGGCACAUUCCUCGUUACAGCAGUGCAGCCCAUUCCCAUUCAUGCCUAGUUCCUGCGCUGCACAAAACUUUACCCAGACUGGACAGACGCUCGCCACUGGCUUCAGCCCUCAGCAGAUGCAAGACUGCCAGGAUGCCCAGACAACUCAGCAAUAUUCUAUAACAGAGUGCCCUGUAACUGCAGCCGGGACUGAUAUGACUGGGACUGUCCCCAUUCAGACCUCUGGCUUCUGUUGGCCAUCUGACUCCAGAGCAGAGGAUCACACAAGCCCAUACCUUCUCCAAGAGUUCAGGCCCCAGAUGGAUAUGGUGAAGCUGCAGGAGGCCAGAGUCUUCCUGCAGAACAUGGAUUACAGUAGAACCACCUGGCAGGAUGAUGAUGGGGACACCAUUCUACAUAUCUACACCGCGAAAGGCCUGAGGGAAUAUGCUUUUGCUGCUGCAGAGAAACUUAGUGAACUGGGGAAGUUGGACUCUAAAGAACACAAGGGCAAGACUGCUUUGCUGGUGGCUGUAACUGCCAAUCAGCCAGAUAUAGUCCAGGAUCUACUCUCUCUAAGUGCGGACAUCAGCAUCUGUGAUGUCAACGGUCAAACUGCAGUCCAUGUGGCUGCCACCUAUGGUUUCCCUCGUGUCAUGCAGGUUAUUCUCUAUGCUGGACUGCGAGUGGACCUGGAGGCUCGUAAUUUUGAAGGUCUGACUCCUCUGCAUUGUGCAGUGAUCUCUCACUGUGCCACGAUAAAGGCUAUAAAUGCCUCCUCAUCCUCAACAUGGUUAGCUGAUGGCAGUCUACAGACUCAAGCAGAAGAUAAACUGAUGUGUUUGCGGCUUCUUAUUAAUGCUGGAGCUUCAGUUCUCAGCCAGGAAAUCAAAAGCAACAAGACAGUUCUUCACCUGGCAGUGAAGGAGGGGAAUAUCCAUCUUGUGCGCUUCCUCCUCAGCCUCCAACUCUCCAAUAUGCAGGCGUUCAUCAACAUGAAAGCUCAUGGACACACUGCCCUGCACAUGGCCGCGGGGCUGCAUGGAAGCCCCUUUCAGGAGGAAUUGAUCCGGCUGCUGCUGAGUCGAGGUGCUGAUCCCAGCAUCCGCAACCUGGAGAACGACCAGCCCGCUCAUUUGAUGCAGAGCGGAGACAAAGGAGAGAGACUCAAGCUCAUCUUGAAGAAGAAAAGUGCCUCCUCUAGGCGACGUUUUACAUCCUUACAGGACCAAGAGUGACCAGGACUGAUUUUUAGUCCCAGCGUAUCCCAUCUUCUCCAGUAGAGAUACAGUCAUCUGGAUUAAAUAAUAGUAUGCACACGAAACAUUAAUCUUGAUCAUUUUACUAACCGUUCACCAUCAAGAUGUGAAUUAAAAAAAAAAAAAAACAUUUAAAAAGAGUUAAGAUCAGAAAGAGCUUUAAAAAUAACCCCAAAAAUGUAAUCUCUGGAGAAGAAUGGGUUGAUCUUCAGUAUCCUUUUAUGAGGAUUUUCACAUAUUGCAUCAUUUUUAGUAUGACAGUAUAUUUUUUGAAGGAUCAUUCAUUGAUUCUGUACCAUAAAGCUGCUUCCCAGUUUAUUUAAAGAUGCAUGCCAAUUUUAGUAUGUUCAUGAAUAGUGAUUUCAAUGAAAUCGUCAUGAGGACUGUCAGUUCCAGUCAAGUUUCCACCUUCAAUUAUAAACCAUAUUGGUUUGCUUUUUUAACUCACUGUAUCAGUGGAAUAUUCUUUAUUUGUCUUGAGAUGUAUUUAUAUAGCUUUUGGUUGGUAUAUGUUGCAUAUUCUCUGUGCUCAUGUUCAUGUUACUUUCACUCAGGGUGAAGAUCAGUUAUUUAUUUCAUUGUUUGAUAUGAAUGACAUCAGUUCUCUAUGUAAUGCACUUUUCUCAGCAGCACACUUGAUAUCAUAGUUGUCCUUACAGGAGAUGUGUCAUCCAGCCAUGUAUGUGAAUGUGUUAUUUUGAUGAGUCAUAUAUGAGGGGGUGAAAUGUCAGGGGGUUCUGAGGUAAGAAGGUAGUUUUGUCAUCAAGACCUAUACAGAAUCAAGAUGUCAGAAUCAUUAAUAUGAUUUAACAAUGUUAUUUCAGUGGAAUAGUAUGAAAGGAAAGGUUUUCUAAGUGGGGAUAGUCAGUGUCCAUCUUGUAUCAAGAUUUCAAAUGUUGUUGUUGUUGUUGAGUCAGUGAUAUGCAUGAUUCAUCAUGUUGAAGUACCCAGAGUCCCUCUGGAAAUUCAAAUGAGGGAAAACACACGCUAAUGUCACUUUCUUGUAAAACAAAGAGAGAUUUAUGAGAAUUAGUUUGAACGCAAAGUGCAAACUGCCUUCUAAAGAAUUAAUUUAUGAAAUUUUGCUCAUGUUUUAACAAAUAUCACAAACACUCAAUGAAUGAAACCAUCUGACAAAACCGAAUUCUGUGAGUAUAUAAAGUAGCAUUAAAAUUAGCUUGAUUGUAUGUACAAUGUUUUUUUUUUAAAUAUUGUUUAUGAAGUGUCAUCUAUAA